UCUUAAUAAUUCAUCCAAAUCUCGACAAUUUCGAAUUAGCGUGUAUCAGCACAAGCUUCAAAAAUCACUACUGGAAUGUUUAAUCUGGUUUAGGAGAUUAAUGUUUUUAUCGUUAUUAUUAGAAAAAUUAUUAUUUUUCCAACGUUCCCUUUCCUUUUAUAAGAAUCUGCUGAUGAAUACGGUACCGCCAAAUAUUUUAACCUAAUAUAAUACAUGUGCCAAUGUAAAUAUGUCGGAAACAAAAGCCAAGAAAAUUCUCGCGGAAUUGGUGAAAAAAUCUGGUAUCACCUACUCAGUGGAUAACGUUUUAACGAUCUUCCGAAAUAAAGAUGGUAAAUAUAACAACAAACGGUUAGGAACUCUGCUGGCUCAGAUCUUCAAAACUACCCCCAAUGGAGCAAAGUAUGUGGACGAGUUUGUUUCUUCCAAUCCAAAGGACUCGUACGCAGCCUUAAUCAUUCUACUGAACAACUUUAUUCAGGAUUGUAAGAAUAUGCAAUCAGAAAAACCAUUGUCCGGAACGAUCGAGUCAGUUUCUAAACGGGCUGCUAUGUUCGAAAGCCCUCCGUUGUCGUCGACGAGAAUAGUUCCUGAACAAGUAACACCGGAGAAUGUACAAGAAAUUAAGGAAAAGAUAGUGCAAGCUACCAUAGGAGCUACAAUCAAUCGGUCUACCGGUUCUAUUCCGGCUGCGUUGGUACCACAACAUUUCGAGUACGUUGGUAGUAGAAAAGGAGCCAUGAUAUCGUGGAACUUCAAUUAUGAGGAACUAUAUCCGAUGCAGAACAAAAAUGUAGCAGCCAUUCCACUCAGCUCGCAAGAACCAAUAGUUCUAAAAGAGCUGCUAGAUUGUUUGGUGGGAGUCAAAGGAUCGUUGAUAUUUCCUAAAAAGCAACUUCGUAGUGUGGCUUUCUGCCCGGUGGAAUUCGAGGUUUCCGAUCAAAUUGAGGAAUCACUGAAAGAUAUAGUACGAGAGAUUCUUCCACUGGCUUCGCAUUAUUCUCAAAUUCAGGAUUUUAUCACUGCUUCAAGUUCGCUAGAUAGUGGGCAGGUUUUGCAAGCACUUCGCGCAGCAUUGCAAACCAUCGUCAACGACUACUAUCUUUCAAUUACGCAGUUGGAAGAAUUGUUCGUCAAGCAACAGCUAACAUUUCACAAGUUGCUCUACUUUCUGCGUCCGGUUUUUCACACGAUGGAGGUGUUAGCGGAAACGGUGAGCACGAUACGUCAAACCAACUCACGAGGAGGCAAUGUGCUGACGCUGUUGCACGAUAAAAUCACUUCCACGACGGGCGACGAAAAAAGUCAGAAGGUGCUGGUGCAUCUGCUCGAAAUGGCUGCUGUUCCGUACAUGGAAAUGCUUCAGCUGUGGAUUUUGGAAGGGGUAAUCCAUGAUACGCGAAGGGAGUUUCUCAUCGAACACAACGCAAUGGAUCUGAACGAGAACGAGUUGAUGGACUACUGGGAGAAACAGUACACUAUCCGGCUGGACAAGGUACCGUGCUUUCUGAAUAAAUAUGCCGAUGUAAUUCUGCGCACCGGAAAGUAUCUGAAUGUGAUUAGAGAAUGUGGGAGUUCUUCGGAUUAUCAACAGCAAAGUAUUAUCACCCUGAAGUACACACACUCCGACCAGACAUACAUUUCCGCUAUCGAAAACGCGUACAAUUUUGCAUCUUCCUCACUGCUGAACUUGAUUAUGAACAAGUACAAUCUGAUCGGUCGCUUGCACUCAGUGAAACGGUACUUUUUGCUACAGCAAGGUGACUUCAUAUCACAGUUCAUGGACGCGUGUGAAGAAGAUAUGACCAAAGAUGUCGACAAUCUACGUCCGAUGCGGUUGGAAAAUCUACUGGAAGUUACCCUGAACAUGUCGUCCGCUCGGUAUGAUGAGUAUCACGAUGAUCUCAAAACGAUGCUACUGCCAUACGGAAUCGUUACACAGAUAUCGAAGAUCGUCAAAAAGGAGGACGUCUUUCUGGACACGCUGGGUGACACGUCGCAGUUGAAGGGAAUCGAAUGUUUCACCUUUAGCUACAAUGCUCAGUGGCCGGUUUCGAUUGUACUGAAUCGAUGGACCAUUUCGAAGUAUCAGAUGAUUUUCCGGCAGCUGUUUUAUCUGAAAUACGUGGAACGAAUCCUGUGUCGUGUUUGGAUCGCUAACAAUCGGACAAAACAAUUUGCUCCACAAACAGCGAAACUUUAUCGGUCGGCAUUUACGCUACGUCAGAAAAUGUUGAUCGCCAUUCAAAACUUUGAGUCGUACAUGAUGAUCGAGGUGAUAGAACCUAACUGGCAUAUAUUCUAUCAGAAUGUAAAACAGGUAAAAAAUAUCGAUGAUGUUCUAAACUACCAUCAGGACUUCCUGGAUCAAUGUAUUAAAAACUGCAUGCUAACCGAUCCUGAUUUGUUGAAAUCGAUCAUCAACCUUUGCAACAUUUGCAUCCAGUUCUGCGCUUUCCUAGCGGAGGCACAGCGGCAUUUCGUUGACGCCGAGCUCUGUUCGAUGUUGGCAUCAACAGAUGACUUUUCGCUGUCCUCUGAAUCCGACUACGACUUUGCAUGUCAGCAGGAUGCUACAUCAAUGGAACCAACGGAAACUUUUUCCGCCCGAGUAGAAAACUUUCGUACUGACUUUACGGAACAGCUCAUGUCACUGUUGCGCAAAAUAACCGAUAUUGCCACUCAGAAUCCGUCGGAGAAAUUCAUCAAUCUUAUUCACAGGAUCAACUUUAACUCGUAUUACAGCGACAACUUUGACAGUUGAACGAUUUGAGUUCAGCUUGGAGGAAACUGCACUGUUAUGAAUAUCAUAUUGCCAAAGCGUACCUGUCUGUUCCUUAACGCAAACGCUUGUUCAAAAGCCAACAUACUUCCGGUGUUGUUCUGAUAAAUAGCUCUCUUUCUCGAUGUAAUGUAAAGUAAUGAUGAUGGCGCCAAUCGGUGCUACUCAUAUUUAUGUAGCUCCGAAACACAAAAAAAAUAAACAAGUACAACAAUCA